UCAACUGUCAAUGGCAAAAAAGUUAAUGAACACCUUGAAGCUUCAUGAUUCGUAAAUCCUCUCAUCAUAUCGUAAGUCGGUGAAUUUUUACUGUUUGCUAUGCUCUGCGCUAAUUUUUUGAUUCUCAGAAUCUGUAUAACUCAUCACCAUUUCUUAAUUAUGCGCUCUCAAUUAACCCGCAGAGUCUUCCGUGGACUUUUGUCAAACGAAGGCCUCAUAUUACCAUGCGCGAAUAGAUCACCAGCUCUAUUAAGGCAUCGUCGUCGAAAUGUCAUUCCCACUUUACCAUACACAUCCCAUCGCUCUCUCUUCGGAUUCUCCCGGAAACCUCCUCGACAACCUAAAGAACCGGAAUUGGAACCGGGAAUGAGAAAGAUGGCAGAGUUUAGCUUGAUGACGAGAAUUCAUGCCAGAACUGCGAAUAAGGAUGAUAUGCUGAAGGCUUUUAAUGAAUACUUCAAUCAUAAAGUCGAUACGGAACGAGCGGUUAAUAAUAUUGAAGCGGGGCAUGCUUUGAGGACUUUGAAUUAUCUUAUUAGCUGUGGAUUGGGAAAGGAACAUGUCAAUGACCUGAGGGUAGCGUUGAGGGCAUUGACAAUCAUUCCUAAUGAUGACACGAACGAUUUUCUGGACUUGGCGAGACUUCUCUUCCAGGAGAUCAAAAAUUUGUCUGGGUCUAACGAGGAUGCGCCGAGUUUUCAAUUUAUAAAGAUAUUGAGUGGGGUUGGACAAUCUUCUGAGGCGAGAGAGCUCUGUGAAGAGGUCACUCAACGCUUUUUAGAAGAGCAAGAAACGGCCUCUAAAACCGGAGUUCAGAUAUCUCGACAACGACAAAUGCUGAAAAUGAACUGGUAUGCGGUUUUAUCUGGUUUCGCGCGGGAAGGUAACGAGGCUGAACUUUUGAAGACAUAUGAGAGAUUUGAAGAGCUGCCGUUAGGGCGUGGGAAGACGAGCAAUGAAAUCGUCAUAAAGUUUUAUACCUCGAGAGAUCGUGUUACGGAAGCACAAGCAUGGUUUGAAAAGGCUGCACAUGUUCCAACAGACCUCAGUCCUAGUAUAUUACAGGACAUAUUGAAAUUCUGUCUUCGGCAUGAGGAGCUGCUAGAUUGGUGCAAAGGAAUCUUUCGUAAGGUACUGGACGCAGGUCGAAUGCAGAAAGGGAAAUGGGAUGUCGUGUUUCAAUGGGCUGCGAGUGCUAUGGACAAAGGGGUUGAAGAUGUGGAACGCAUGAUGCAUGUUAUGGAAAAACGCAAUCCGGACGAUCCAUCUAUGAGACCAGACAUCGACACCAUCAAUGGUUUGGUCGAGUACGCAAUAUCAAAGAACGAUCCAUAUCUUGCAGAACGUUAUAUUGCAUUGGGACAAAAAUUCAAUAUCCGUCCAAAUGCAAGAACAUUUAUUCUUCAGAUGGACUACCGGGUCGGUGCAGGCGAUCUCUCCGGCGCCCGAGCAUCUUAUAAUUCGCUGCAGGCAGAGGAGAUUAUCAAGGACGAGGACUUGCCUGUUAUCAAUAAAUUUGUCCGAGCUCUCUGUGCUUCAGAGAUUCUACCUUAUAACGAGAUUUCAUCAAUCGUUUCCGACCUGGACGAACGUAAUGCAAGGUUAGAAGCGGACACGGUUUCAUCACUAAGCAAAAUGUAUAUCACCCGCAACGAACUUAAUGAAGUAGUGGAUUUAUUACAAGUUAAUACAUACCACUAUACCCUGUCAGAGCGAGCUCGAAUAUGCGAUGCAUUACUUGCUUUUGUAUUUGACAAGAAUAACAGCGAAGACCGCAUAUGGGAUGCUUAUCGUGUUGUUAUUCAUAUCUUUGACGAGACUGAUGUUCCCACACGUACGCGAAUCAUGAAUGAGUUUUUCGAUCGCAAAAGAUCAGAUAUGGCUUGUCAUGUCUUUGGACAUAUGCGCCAGCAUAUCAAUCCCAACAAACGUCCUGUGCGAGACACUUAUAUCGAUUGUUUUGUUGGUAUAGCAUCAUGCGCAGAUGGCGAGUCUCUUGAUAUGGUUCACAACAUGUUGAAAUUGGACAGCACCAUUGAACCCAAUACACGUCUUUACAAUUCUUUAAUGCUGGCCUAUACAGCUUGCGAAGAUGCUAGUCGAUCUUUACAUUUCUGGGAUGAUAUCACGAAUUCUCGUGAAGGACCUAGUUAUAAGAGUUUGGAGAUAGUAUUUCAAGCGUGUCAGAGGAAACCUUUUGGAGAUCGACCGGCGAGAGAAAUCUGGGAUAAGAUGAGGAGGAUGGAAAUUGAAAUCACCAGAGAGGUUCAUGCUGCUUAUGUUGGGGCAUUAGCUGGACAGGGCAAGCUCGAUGAGGUUAAAGUGUUGGUGGAGGCCAUGGAGAAGGAUUUGGGGUUUGGUCCGGAUAUUUUGACGUAAGUUAUACUUUUAUGAUUUUACUCGAGAAUUGUGACUAACAUACACAGUAUCGGUACCAUAUACAACGCAAUUCAAGGUUCAAAUAGGAAGGACCUGGUGGCGGAAUGGACAAAAGAAUUAUAUCCUGAGGUGUGGAAGGAGGCGGAGAAAUUGGGAUUUUAUGAACAUGAGGAGGGUCAUAUGGUGUUGAAUAUGCCGGAGAAGAAACUUAAAGCCUAAUGCUUGGGGUGGAUCUUAGAUACUUACUUGUCCAAUAUUGAAAUCCUUGAGUAGAUGGUUGAGAGUUCUCGGUUGGUGAUUAGUUGGUUAAAGUGUACUUGGUAGCAUGCAGUGUUUGCAGAUUUUGCUUGCAUUUUUUACACAACCAGGUGGUGGUGUAUGUUAACGUCUUUGAUGUCUAUCGUUCUAUGAUCCUAUCACCAAUCCCAACUUCCACC